UCUUUCCAUCCAGCCGGCUGUGCAGAAGCAGAGUCCUCCAGGCCGGUAUAGCACCUUGUGCUCUCCUUUGCUCCUUGCUUCUCCGUGGGAGAGGGAAAAGGCUCUGGAGAUGGACCUGUCCUACAGAUCCACCAUCUCCAUCUAUAAGAGUAUUCUGGAGCAGUUCAACCCCGCGCUGGAGAACCUGGUGUACCUGGGGAACAACUACCUGCGUGCCUUCCAUGCAUUAUCUAAAGCAGCUGAAGUGUAUUUUAAGGCAAUCGAGAAGAUUGGGGAGCAAGCGCUGCAGAGCUCCACCUCACACAUGCUGGGUGAAAUUCUGAUGCAGAUGUCCAACACACAGAGACUCCUGAGCUCUGAUUUGGAAGUUGUGGCUCAGACAUUCCACGUGGACCUGCUGCAGCACAUGGAAAAGAACACCAAAAUGGAUGUGCAGUUCAUCAGUGAGAGCCAGAAGCAGUAUGAGCUGGAGUACCAGCGCAGAGCCACCAACCUGGAUAAGUGCAUGGCAGAGCUGUGGAGAAUGGAGAGGGCCCGUGAUAAAAAUGUCCGGGAGAUGAAGGAGAAUGUGAUGCGACUGCGCUCGGAGAUGCAGGCGUUUGUCUCUGAGAGCCAGAGGGAGGCUGAGCUGGAGGAGAAACGCCGCUACCGCUUUCUGGCUGAAAAGCACCAGAUGCUCUACAACACUCUGCUCCAGUUUUACAGCAGGGCUAGGGGCAUGAUCCAGACCAAGGCACCACAGUGGAAGGAGCAGCUGGAGGCCAGCCGCAACCCCUCAAACAGCCACUCGCAGGGGCUUCUCGCAGCCUCCCACAGCCAGGGGUAUCCAUCGGGCCGACUUACCCCCACCCAUCUUGAGAUGCCCCAGAGACCCCUUGGGGACUUUGCUUCCCCCAUGACUGGGAAUAGAUCCAGCGUCUUCUCUCCAGAGCCUCCAGAAAUGAGACUGUCUCCUCAACCAGAGCCCCCCAGGCGGUCACUGCGGAGGACACCAUCAGCCAGUUUGCUCCCUACCGGCCGUAUCUCCCGUUCGGGUUCCUUCGGCGAGUCCGGCAGCGGCAGCGAAGGCAGGAGGAGGAGCGGCACGGCGAGAGUGCAGGCGAUCGUGCCCCACACGACGGGUGUCAACCGGACCCUGCUACGGUUUGACCCCGGGGACGUCAUCACGGUGCUGAUGCCGGAUGCGCAGAACGGGUGGCUGUACGGCAAGCUGGAGGGCUCGUCCACAUGCGGCUGGUUCCCUGAAGCUUAUGUCAAGCCUCUGGAGGAUGCGAGGGAGAUGCAGGAGCCAGCCACCAGGUCCUUCCCGCUGCGAAGCAGUCACAGUAUGGAUGACAUCCUGGACCAUCCCAGCACUCCCUCCUCUAGCAAUUACUGGCCUGCCGCUGCCCAGCCCAGUUUGCUGAACCCACCUCCCCUCUCGGUGGGUGCCAGCGGUCACCAGAGUGGGGUGGCCACCCCCGUCAGUUCUGGCUCCAAGAAAUCAGGAGUAUUUGACCAGCCCCCCGAACUCUUCCCACGAGGUACCAACCCCUUUGCCACAGUCAAGCUGCGUCCCACAGUCACCAACGACCGCUCGGCACCCAUCAUCCGAUGAAGCGGGGCUGUGGACGGCGGAGAACCUCAG